AUGCUGGUGCUGAAAUGUUCCAUGAAACUGCAGAUGCUGGAGAAAAUGUUAAUGCAGAACUUCCCGGAAUCACGCAAGGUUUAUGGAGCAGUGCUGAAUAUCAAUAGAGGCAAUCCCUUCAGGAUGGAAGUGGUGGUGGAUUCGUGGCCAGAUUUCAAAGUUGUCAUUACCAGGCGGCAGAUGGAGGAUGAGAUGGAUGACCUUGACCAUUACACCAAUGCCUAUGCAGUUUUCUACAAGGACCUACAGGCUUACCAGGAGCUACUGGCCAACACAGAUACCAUCAACUGGGAACAGAUCUUUCAGAUACAAGGGCUCCAGGAUGGAUUAUAUGAAGCAUCCAACACUGUUGCUAUGUCUAAACAAGUCAAUGUGAAACGAUCCUCUUUCCAGAUGUUUAUCCUCCCAGACCCUGACAUGCUGCCAGACGUCAGAACUCAGAUGGAUCCUGCACCGAGACUGGCUUACCUUGAUGUCUCUCAUGCCAGCCUGCUGAAUGAAACCUGGUCACGGGGAGGCAACGAGCAAUGCCAGAGGUACAUUGCCAACCUCGUUUGCUGCUUCCCCAGCCUCUGCGUGCUAGAUGACAACGGGCACCCUGUCUCCUGGAGUCUGACAGAUCAGUUUGCCACCUUGAUUCACACUUAUACCCUUCCUGAGCACCGCAGGAAAGGUUAUAACCGUCUUGUUGCCACCAUGUUAGCUAAGAAGUUACAUAGCCAGGGCUUUCCAGUUCAGGGUAACAUCCUGGAGGAGAACAUACCAGCUAUAACAUUGUUCAAAAGCAUGAACUGUCAAUUUCUGCCCUGCCGAUUUUUCAGACUCAUCCACACUCCUUUCCGGUUUUUAGCCAGCCCUGACCUAUAG